AUGCCUAGCUCUGAGACCUUUUACUGCGAGCUGGGCAAGGCCGACAUAUCUCUGAACGGGACGACCAUGAAACGGCACUGCUGCUUAUUUCAUCAGUACCAGCUCUCAGCCAAGUUCCCGGAGGACGAUCAGGCCGCGAGUUUGAUUGCAACGAGGCAGGCCUCUUUUCGUGCACUCGGUGUGUGUUCACGCAUCAUAACCGACAAACAUUUGGGAAUCAAAUUCAUCGGCGUUUGGGACACUGUGAGCUCUGUUGGUCUCAUUCCCCGCUGGGCAGUCAAUCAGGGCCACUACCAUCUUUGGAUAGUUGCGACGCUGUGCAAGCAGGUCCAGAAACUCACUCUCUCAUCACGCGCGUUCUACAACAGCGUGCUCGGGCGCUUCGCACAGGUGAUCAUGGAUAUGUUUGGCUACGGCAUGGUGCUCCCGAUGAACACUGGUGCCGAGGCUGUCGAGGCCGCCAUCAACCUCGCGCGCAAGUGGGCAUACUUGAAGAAGGGCGCCCCCGAGGGCAAGGCCGUCAUGCUCAGCGUCAAAGGGAACUUCCAUGGUCGGACUGUCGGGGUCAUCAGCUGCCAGAACAACUCGAAAGGCAACCAGGGGGAGGGGAGGCGUAUGGGUGCAGGCAGAGUAGAUGGGGGUCAAGUCCGACGGUGUGUUUCUCAGCACCUCUUCCUCUCGCUGUUGGCUCACCCCGCGCCGCAUCCGCACUGGGACGUCACCUCACACAACAAAUCUUCUGACCUCAUGUGCCAACCUGCUCACAUCUCAAGACUCAACCCGCACCGCACUCGUGUAUCUUCGCUGGCCGACACGACAAUGCCCGUUGCGUUGUCUUGGACGUUAGUUGGAUGUGCAGGAAGGGGCCUAGGGGUUCCGAUCUCGUUCCGUGGCUUUCAGCAUACGCUGCAUUGCUUGCGGAAAAAGAACAUCCUCCCCGGGGGCAAUAUCUUUGACCAGGGCUUUGACAGUCUCAACGCGACGUUCUUCCGCCAUCGCAUCUUCGGCGCAAUGAGCAAGUCAAAGCGCAUGCACCUCGAGACGCGCAUCAGCACGGACGGGUUUGACAGCAAUGAGGAAGAGCGGGGAGGGAUGAUGGAGUUCCUCCGCAAGGAGGUCGAGGUCGAGCAGCCAAUGGAGAUAUGGAGAUCGAGUACAGGGCAGCCCAAAGGCGUCGAGAUCACCCGCAGCAACCUCUCAAACUGGAUCACCUCUGCCCACAGAUCAGGAUAUUUCCUAAUGGGUCCCUUUUCCCGCGUGCUACAGUUCGCCACGUUCGCUUUCGACGCAGCCGUGCUCAAAUGGUCCCUGGCGCUUUCCCUUGAAUCCAACCUCUGCUUUGCCAAUACCCCACUGGCUCUGAUCGGCGACCACCUCGCAGAUGUCAUCGACAAGAAUCUUGUCACUCACAUGCACCUCACCCCCAGUAUGCUGGGCACUCUGCCGGCGUCGAGAAGAUUGCAGAGUCUCGAGUGCAUCAGUGUGGGCGGAGAGAUGGUACCGGAUAACCUGAUUGAACGGUGGAGGACGAGAGUGACCCUGCAGAAUGCAACGGUCGUCAUGGCUCAUCAACCUCAGCCCAGUUCACCGGGCAAGGUUGCGCCGUGCGCUGCGAACAUCGGGAAACCGCAUUCGUCCACGGAGGUGUUUGUGUGCAACCCUUCGUUCAACCGACUGCUGGCUGUCAACGAGAUCGGAGAGAAUGGCAAGCGGAUGUACAAGACGGGGGACCGAGGGAAACUGUUGGCCGAUGGCACCGUGUUCUUGAUGGGCAGAAUGGAUCGCGAGCUGGAAGUCCGAGGGUACAGGUGCAUUGAUUGGACUGGUGCAUGGUUUUUUGCACUCACGCCGACGUCGAGAAUCGACCUGGACGAUCUGGAACGCACUAUUGUGGAUGUGAUGCCGUCCAUCAUUAGCGUCUCGGUCCAGUCGUCUCCCGAUGGGACCGAGCUGAAGCGGCUCCUUGACCAUCGGGUGCCGAGUUACAUGGUUCCGAGGAACGUGUACUGUCUGCAGCGGCUGCCCUUGAACACGAGCGACAAGACGGACCACUGGGUGAUCAAGCUGCGCAUGGAGGAGUUGAUCAGGAACGUCAAGCUCCUUUCUGGAGGCACAACACCCUGCAGCAUGAGCUCGGACGAAGACGACCUGAGUUUGGUCAAAGAUUUCAGCCGCACCUUGACCUUGGCAGAUUCGACCUUGAUCCAAGCCGAUGAGUCGAUAUCGCCUCAGGAACUAACCAAAUUUGGGUCGAUCUCCUUGACCUGA